GGAAUCAGCAUGACCUCUAUUCAAAGCAGAAAAACACAUCCAGGUAUCUCAUUUUGCAUCUCACAUCAUAUUGGCUAUUAUAAUUACUUAAUACACUAUACCAGUUUACAACCUAUUGCUUCAACCUCAGUUGUAGCCAAACUAUCAACAUUAACAACAAUGGAACGCCUUCCGUUGCAUCGUUGAUUGUCUUUUCAGAAAUAACUGAUUUUGAAACAUGUGCAUAAGAAAAAGGUGCAUAAGAAACUUUGCAUUGCAAGUACACUGUUUAAGCAAGCUGUGGUAAAGUGGCUAACAGAUGUGAAAAUGAAACGGUCUGAUGCUCAUCAACAGAGCAAGGCAAACCACAGAAGUUAAACUGGGCCCAGAGUAUAAAAUGCAUUGGGUGCUUUAGCAGGUUAUUAUUCUAUAUUUUAUAUGAAGUGGUUAAUGAGUGUGUUUUGCAGAGUAGCUAAAAAAGAAAGGGUACAACAUGCAUAUGAACAGCGUCCCGCAGCCACACCUAUUAGUGUGUCUGUUCUACAGCUCAGUCGCUCUGCCUGGCCUGUGAUCAGCCUGCUCUUCAUGGAGAGAAGAAGAAGUGUUAUUGUGUUAUUGACUGUACGUUUGUUUAUCUCAUGUGUAACUCUAUUGUUUGUGUCGCACUGCUUUGCUUUAACUUGGCCAGGUCGCAGUUGUAAAUGAGAACUUGUUCUCAACUGGCCUACCUGGUUAAGUAAAGGUGAAAUCAUUUAUAUAUUUGUAAAAGUGGAAACACGAGAAGGACAUGGAGGUGAGUUGACGUUGUUUACACUGUAGCUCGUUGUAAGCACAAGUCUUUUUUUUACAUUUCUCGUUUCAGUGAGUGAAACUUGUAGAAUGCUUUAACCCAUAUGCUGUGGUUUCAUGACUAGAGGGCCGUUUCCCCAUAGCAGGAAACACAACUGUCUGAGCCUAAUGACAACGACAUGUUCAUUUCUUGCCAAACUUUCUAGUUUACAAACAUGUGCUCACCCCAUACUCUGAGAGCUUUAAUUACUACUGGUGGGCUUCCAAUGUGCAUGUUGCUUCUUCACCUCUACAUUAGCUAUGUUGUUGCAGAGGACAUCAGAGUAGUUGGACGAGUAGGAAACUCCGUAUUCCUUCACCCUAAAAUGAACUUACACUCCGAGACUUCUGACGUAAGAUGGAAAUAUGAUAAUACAGAUAUGUUAAUAGCUAGGAAUGGUAAGCUUAUUAAUUUAACGGAUAGGUGUGAGAUCUUUCUAAAUGGUUCCCUAAAGUUUAAUGAAGGACUGAAAAGAGACAGUGGAAAUUAUACUGCUCAACAAUACAGUGAAAAUGGAGUUGUUCUUUCCGAAUGGCACAUUGAACUCAGUAUUCUAGAACCUGUCUCCAAACCAAAGGUGAGAACCUUCUGUACUUUUGAUGGGAGAGUUGUUCUGACCUGCUCUGUUGACAAAGGAGACAGAGUUGUGAUGAACUGGACCGAGCAGCCAUAUGCCUGGACAGGGUACAAUCAGACCCUGAGCUCAAGUCCUGUUCUAUUCCUGGACAGCCAUACUCCUGGAAACCUGACCUGUGUGGCAAUGAACGAAAUAAGUGAAGAAGGCUUCAGCCCAGUUGUCCCGACAUGCAGAGGUCACACUUCAGCUGUGGCUGCAUUUGGUCUCUUUGCAUUUGCACUGACGACACUGGCUGUCGCCAUUCUGAAUUUGAAGAAGCGGUGUCAGAAAAAUAAAAAAGAUGUGGAGGAGAACCACUACAUUGAGAUGCGUGGGAAUUUAUGCAACAAAUGGCCACAGAAGGAGAUCACAAUCCACCCGGACCAAGACACCUCCCAUUAUGAAUUCUGCAGACCUGUUGCACCUGCUUCCAGCCAGAGAAAGAGAAGACUAUCACUGGAGUUGAAUGAUAUCUAUGUAUGAAGAACAAUGUGUUAAUGGCAUUACAUUUCGAUAGCAUCGAUUUGUUUUUCAAUGUGAAGUAUGCAACUAUGCACCAUAAUUACUGAUCAUGUUUUACAAUUCAUUAUGGGCUAUUUCUGCGAUAGAUGUAUUUUUGUUGUAUAGUCGUAGAGCCUAGAGAAGCGACAUUAUUUCACCUGUAUUUUGAUAUUGUAUCAUACCCGUAGUCGCAUGACUUCAUUAUCAGACUGGACCACAAGGUGGAAGCAUUGCAGUCUGAUAAAGAAACAGGGUGACUAGAGGUGAGAAGAAACAUCACAGGAUUACUGUCAUUACAUAAAUAGUUGUUUCAAAGCAUAUGGACACAGGUGGGACGACUGUAAAUUAUUCAAUUUCAAACUGUUCUGGUUAUUAUUGUCUAAUGUAUGUUUUUCUUCAAAAUGUCCAGAUAAAGGACUUCUGAGUGGCGCAGCAGUCUAAGACACUGCAUCUCAGUGCUAGAGGUGUCACUACAGACCCUGGUUUGAUUCCAGGCUGUAUCACAACCGGCUGUUAUUGGGAGUCCCAUAGGGUGGUGCACAAUUGGCCCAGCGUCGUCUGGGUUUGGCCGGGGUAGGCAGUCGUUGUAAAUAAGAAUGUGUUCUUAGUUGACUUUCCUAGUUAAAUAAAGGUAUAGCCAGGGCCCUGUUCCUGGAGAUCUACCCUCCUGUAGGUUUUAACUCCAACCCUGUUCCUGGAGAGCUACCCUCCUGUAGGUUUUAACUCCAACCCUGUUCCU